AUGGCUAAGUUCUUGUGGCAGACAUCAAAACGGCGUCAGCUUGUAAAAGAAGAGUUCCAUUAUCUGAAUAUAGCUCGAGUUGGAAUAUUCACUUUGUACAAACUGUUUGAUUGCAUAUUUAAAUGCUUAAGAAAUACUUUGUGCCUUUCGAUCAACUUGGCCGCCUUCAAAGAUGAAAGUGGAAAAAUUUGGUGCGAAUUAUUGUCUUCUGACAAAUACAGAGAUGCCAUAAACUACAAGGAAAACGUGACUUCACAUCAUUUGUCUAUUCGGUCGCCUUGUUUUUCUUCACCAUGUCAAAACAAAGGAGCCUGCAUCCCAAAUUACAAAUACAACUCUUACGACUGUCUUUGUGAACAAGGAUUCGUCGGAGAGUACUGCGAGAAAGGUAAAGUAUCUUGCAUUCAUGUCUUCCUCGGAGUGUCUUCAAUGUGAA